UCAGGGUAGACGAAUGGUUUUUUACACAAUGCCUCCUUCCGUCACAUCGUCCACACUCAGGCAUGUCCAAAACGGAGUACUGACAGCAGCAACAGAAGGUGCCUUUAAGAAACUAAAAGUUGAGACAAGUCCAACUUUAGUAACGUCUGCGAGCAGUCUCACACCCCCUACCACAACGCCCGGAGCGACAGCAAGCACUUGUCCCCCGACGCCAGCCCGACGUCGGCACAGGACCACCUUCACACAAGAGCAACUUCAAGAGCUAGAAGCCGCUUUUGCCAAGUCACACUAUCCAGACAUCUACUGUCGAGAAGAGCUUGCAAGGAUUACGAAGUUAAACGAAGCGCGCAUACAGGUAUGGUUCCAAAAUCGACGUGCAAAAUACCGGAAGCAGGAAAAGCAGCUACAGAAGGCACUAGCAGCGCCCUCUGUUCUUCCAACCUGCAAUGGAGCAAUGAUGCGUAACAUAUAUCCUACCGCCACUGUGGCUUCUAGGGGCUAUCAAUAUCCGCCGCCAAAUGCCAUCAAUAGCAUGGGAGGUCGAUAUCAACCUAUGGCCUCCAGUUAUCCACCGAUGGCGGCGCAGCCAUUCUCUAUGGGCCACGCUAACCCUAACAUGGCGGCUGCCAUGAGGCAAGACGCUGACGAAGACUGGUAUAAUAAGAGCUUCCCCGCACUAAGAAUGAAUACAACGCCUCAUCCUAACCUCUCGGCAGCACCUAUGCUACAAUAUCAAACGUAAUAAAUAGUGCAAUGACAUUCUUUGAAAUUUUUGUACAAGUUCUAAAUAGCGCCGUGGACACCAAAAGAAAGCAUUCUGAAGUUUGGUGCUCUAAGUGAGGAAAAGCAUAUUACUGAAACGCACGCUGAGGAAAUAAACCGGUGGAUCAGCUCGUGGCAUUUACUGAAAUGUUACUAAGGUUUCAGUUAGAUUAAGAAAAUUAAUUAUAAAUUUUAUACAGAAUCGGCUAAUACAGGAGGAAUUUAAAGUUACACACAUCAUAGUUUAACGGUCUAUAAAAGUGUUUAGGGAUUUUGGAAGCCAAAUUUUGGAACUCAAGCUUAAGGUUUUACAGUGAAUGUUCAAAUUCCAUUUUUCUGGUUCAAAUUCAAAACGCUCCCACUCAAUUUUUCUCACAUCUAAUAUUAUCAUUCAUUGACUAUUGGUCGGCUAUUACGGAAAUUUUGUUUUAACUUCUCUCAAUCUUUCAUCGAUCAAGACCAAUAGCCUACUUCCUUUAUUCUAGUCUACUGAAGCUCUAGUUUUUCCUGAAAUAGUAAAUAAAUCGCAUCACCGUGGAGUAAUAAGGUUUAGGAUAAUUUUUGCACAACUCUUCAAUGAGGUCAGUGCCUGACGUUCGAGCAAAAUAACAACCCAACAUGUUCCUGGUAAAACAACACGUCGCUGCCUUAAGCAACAAAAUCUUCAGUCUGAAUACAAAUUAUCGAUUUUAAUUGAAAUUCAUUCAAAACAAUUUUGCCACUUACCAAUGGGAAAUCAAAUUUGCAUGCAGUUUCGCUGAUUUAUAGAUCUUUACACUCAGAUGUGCGCAACUUUAAACUGUAUGCGGUAUAUUUUUUUGGAAAUUAGAGUAAUAAUGCAAUUUUAAAUGGCAGUACAAUUUAUAGAGUUAAUAGCUUCUGAGACUUUUUAAUUGCUUAAUCCUUAUAAUUGCACAAAAUUCACUUAAUGAUUUCAAAGCCAAAUAGAAUUACUCUACAUUGGAUUAGUCUUAUAUUUUUAAUCGAUUUUUCACCAGAUAUUUACAAUUUAUCAAAUACCUCAUUUAUCUAAAUUCAUUUAUAAGAAUUAAAUCUUAUUUAAUUCAAUACUGAUUUUAUUUAACUCGCUCAACGUCGCUCUAAAAUUUCAAAUUAUUCUUUAAUAAAAUAAUUUGUCACACAGACGUGCAAAACUUGUCAAAAGAGAUUUACCGCUUUUAUAGCUCUUUGAAGGUCUAAAUAUCUAAUCAGUGUUGUUCAUUUUAACACAAAAAUAGAAAGAUUUCGACAAAACAGCGUGCGUGUUGAAAGCUACUGAAGAAGAAAAGAUCGCAAAGCAAAACUCCUUUUGUAUAAAUACCAAGAACUAUGUAAAGAUGGAAUUCUAUUCUUCAACAUUGUGCCGCGAACUACGUUCAAAGAAACUUAGUAAAUAUGUAAAUUUCACUCGCGAUUUAAAGUUGUUUAUACUCUUUCACAUUUGAUACCAUAAAGAAAUAGACAAAAUGAUCAGACGUAUCAGUACUUAUACAAAGCAAGAGGUUCGUCAGCCAUUCUUGGGGAAGAUUUUUACUGUACAUUAAUUACAGUUCCACUCAUCAAAAGAGCGUCUAACAGUACAUAUAUCUAUUUAUAUCUGUAUGUUAUGUAUAUGUAAAUAUAGUAUACAUUCUUGUAUUUACGCGUAUGCUGGUCAUUGUAUACACAUAUGUUAUAUAUAUGGACAAUUUCCUCAAUUUCUAAAUAGUUUUAUACCCUUCGUUUAAUCACUGUAACAUAUUCAGAAAAUACAUCUUUUUCUCACUUUAUAAAAAAAUCAUUUUUAUAAAUAUUUUAACCCCAUCAAUUUUAAACUGGACAUUUUUCAAAUAAGCAUCGCACGACAAUACGUACUACAUUUUAGGUACACCUAAAUAGGUAUGUAGGUUUCAUUUGUCAUUAUCUAUGACUUUCUAAGCAAUAGCUAUGAAAAAAAUCAAAGACCGUAAAGUCAAAAAUCGAAAACUUUUUUUUUCUAUUUUAAAUUGCCAUUAUAAUACAUCAUAAGAUCCAUAACUUUCAUUUGCUACAUUAAUAUACCCAAUACUAAAUAUCAGGUAAGUGAGCAUUCUUAGUGAGGAGAUACCAAGUUGCUCCACGUUAUGGGCAAUUUUUAUUAGUGGUAGCAAAAUUUAGGCCUACGUGUAUUUUUCUCGGACUGGUAAAUUUGAUUUAAAGUUAUUUUGUCCACCACUACGUAUAAAUAAUUUAAAAGUUUAUAUCAAACAUGCGCCAAUCAAAUUUAUAAAGCAUCUUGCUGUAAAUCUUUCAAAAUGAGAGCUAAAUUUUAAAAAAAUCGAAGUUUACAUUUUUAAAUUUUCUUCCACUUUGGAAAAUAUUUUGUUGGGAGUGGUAGAUAGCAG